AUGGGUUGCUGCUUAUGCGCUGAUCAUAACUGUGAUUUGGCCGCGGUGAUGGAAAUGGGCGCGAUAGAGCUGGACAGUUUCGUCACAAUCACGUUUGAAAACACAUUGUACCACUCACCCUAUUUUGUGGCUAUUGAUGAUCGAACUCGGUGUAUUGUGAUUGCUGUUCGUGGCACUCUUUCAUUAGAUGACACAAUCGUUGACCUACUCUAUGACGGAGUUCGUUUGGAAGAGAUCGAAACCUUUGUUGCACGUCAGACGGGAACAACACCCACAUUUGUUGGACAUCGAGGCAUGGUCGGGAGUGCACGUCGCUUGUACCAACGUCUAUUGGCGGAUGGUGUGAUUGAAACUGCGCGAGCUCAACGACCAGGCUACUCGUUGGUAGUAUGUGGACAUAGUUUAGGUGCUGGAAUCGCAUCUUUCCUGACUUUGCUUCUAAGACCCAUCUAUCCGGAAGUGAAGGGUUAUGCUUUGAGUGCUCCUUUGGGGAUGAUGAACGCUGAACUUGCGGAAUACACAAAACCCUUCCUCGUGUCCAUUGUCUACGGAUUCGAUGCAUUUGCCCGAAUGAAUAAAGCGACCGUUAUGGAUUUCAAAUGGCGCUUGAUUGACGCUCUUUCCGUUUGCACCGUCCCAAAAUACCGUAUUCUCUCCCGAGGCGCUGAGCUUUGUCUUGGUCGCUGUUUUCUACGAUGUUGUUCUCCGUGCUGUUUUCCCAAAAAUUUUGCCGACCGCACUGUCGGUCGUGACACAUUCCUUUUGGACCAGGAAACCCAGGAUCGUUUGAUCAAUCCAAACCCGGAGCUUCCGCGAUGGGAUCCAGUGUCCGCUCGAGCCACGCCCACUGAACAAGGUGAUGCCGCUGAAGUGGUGGCUUCUGGUUCUGGUAAGUUCUCGCCAUUGUGUUUAAGGCGUCAUUUGUUUCACCACUGCUUGAUUUCGACUUCCUCUAAUUGA